AGGAAGCUUGGCCCCAGUGAUGUACUGGGCCGUAAGCACUACCCUCUGUAUCGCCUUACAGUCGGAUACCGAGCAGUUGUCUCUGGUUCUGUGAUUUUAACAGUCAGCACUCAUUAGAUCUAAUGUUAGUAGGCAGCUCUGUUGAUUGUGUUGUCAGGCCUGGGGGGCUGUCAGGCCUGGGGGGCUGUCAGGGCUGUCGGGCCUGAGGGGCGUCAGGCCUGGGGGGUCGUCAAGCCUGGCGCCAUCUAUGAUCAGUUCCACAUCCUCCUCUAGUCUACACAGGGCUUUGUUAGGACAGGAACAUCACACAGCCCCACACCACCAGAAAUACUGGGCGGCAUGCAAUAACCUAGUUCUCUCUCCUCCCUCUCUCAUACACUGAUUCUUUCACAUUUUAUUUUCUCUCCCCCCCUCUCUCUCCAGGCGUGAGCAGGGUGUAUCAGGCCAGCCAGCCUCCAUGGUGGUGGAGGGGCUCCAGGUGGCCCUCCCCUCCUAUGAGGAGGCAGUUUACGGUAGCGGAGGUGCCUCCCUCCCACCGCCUCCAGAGUCCCGGGUCCAGAUCGUCCUGUCUGAGGGGCCCCAGGGGGCUGAGGGUGGAGCCGAGGGGACCAGCAGUAGGUCUCAGUCCCACCAUCACAGAGAUACAGAGAUGUGCCUCCCCUCCACGUCCUCCUCUUCUUCCUCCUUCCCUUCAUCCUCCCGUCGCGCAGAGACCGUACUAGUCCACCAGGCCCCCUCCUCCUCCUCUUCGUCAUCGUGGGUUACGGAGCACGGAGGAGGUGCGUGUGGUGGAGUCGCACCCCUGGUCACGCUGGCCAGACGUAGAGACUCCGAGAGCAGCGACCAGCACAGCCUGCUUUCUGUCACCUCCGUAGACGACUUCUCUGAUGAUAUCCCCCUGUUAAAGGAAGCCUGAAGCCCCUGCAGCAGCACCACUCCCCCUUACAGCUGACCAGGAAACACUGAGGCUUCUGCUGGGGCCUUCUACCUGAACUAUACCACUCCACCCUACAGCUGACCAGGAAACACUGAGGCUUCUGCUGGGGCCUUCUACCUGAACUAUACCACCCUACCCUACAGCUGACCAGGAAACACUGAGGCUUCUGCUGGGGCCUUCUACCUGAACUAUACCACCCUACCCUACAGCUNCCUGAACUAUACCACCCUACCCUACAGCUGACCAGGAAACACUGAGGCUUCUGCUGGGGCCUUCUACCUGAACUAUACCACCCUACCCUACAGCUCUGAACCACAGAACUACAAAAUUUACCCAGCGUACCAAAAACAGGAAUCAUGUCAAAGAAACUCAACCUCCCUCCACGUCUGCAACUUCUCACACGGCUCAAAGACAAGAGCAGAGUCCAACUUCGCCCCCAACUAUUACCAACCGUGCACAGAAAUUAGACAAACCAUUUCCACCACCAGUAUCCUCUCCUCGUGUCCUGGCUACCCCUUCUGCAAUGAUCUCUAAACUACCACCCAUGUGCAGAAAACUGCUCCCUUUCUCUCUUACUGGGAACUAACGAGCCCUUAAUACCUACGGCCCCCCUCAGCUUCAGAAUGGACCUCAACACAGACAGGCAGACAUGCAGACAGGCAGACAGGCAGACAUGCAGACAGGCAGACAUGCAGACAGGCAGACAGGCAGACAUGCAUCAAGUGGUUUCAGCUGAAUAUAGAUACAUAUGUAUAAAAGCAUACAUACUCAGAGUCCAGGUUUGGUACUGUCUGUGUCUCUAUGGACAUACUCAGAGUCCAGGUUUGGUACUGUCUGUGUCUCUAUGGACA